UCUACUUCCUGGGUGCAUUGGGGGGAAGGAGCUGUGGGGGUGGGUUCGAAAUGGUGCACGAGGUUCUUUUUCAGAAGAAACGGUCAUGACGUCCCGGGAUCGAGUGCAAUCGGAUUUGCUUGCGGUGCAGUGAUUGAAGUGUGUGCUGUGGCUUCCUGCAAAUUAACGGAUAUUGGCUGUGGUUGAGUAAUCGGGGUUAAUGAGUCCGGAAAUAACCUAUAGGAUGGAUACGGAAAGGAUCAAAGUGAUGUUUCAACUGAAGUGAUGUCCUGUGAAAGUUGUGGGCUAAUAAAAUUGUGCAGAAAUGAUGAAUAACGUGAAAGUGUGAGCAUUUUGAUGUAAUUUGUAGGAAUAUCACAUUACCACUCAGGAUACUAGCUGCUGAAGCUGCAAUAGAAUAUCACAAUCAAUCCGAAACCCAGCUAAAAUGGCGUAACCUGCUGCUGCUGCUCAUCGUUCCACCUGAAAUAAUUUUCCCCUCUUCGGAAAAACUGUAGCCGUAGCUAACUGUGGAGGGGAGCACCGGGGAGCUCCUUCGAAGGUCCUACCGUUAAUUCACGACUGCUCCUGCCUGCCUCCGAAUCCCCUUCCAAAAUGGCUGCCUUCGCUGCCGGGCUCAAGGGCCGUGCUGCCGGCGUGUUCAGCGGCAUGGGCUUCGAAAAGUUCGAGAUGCCGAAGCGCGGCUACGACGAGAUGGAUGGCAACACCGGAGGUGGAGGUGGAGGCGGUUAUGACGAUGACGGCGGUGGGGGCGGCUUGCCCGAAUCGCCCAUGUCCUUCGAGGAAAUCGAACGGCCACCGUUGCGCCACGUGGACAAAUACGUCCGGGCGGAAUGUCCCUGCAUCAAGACGACGCGCUUCACGAUAGCCCUGAUGACCUGUCUGGGGUUCAUCAUUUCGUUCGGCAUGCGCUGCAACAUGGGCAUGGCCAAGCUGCAGUUUGAGAACGGGGAAGUCAAAUACAACUGGACCGUGGCCAUGGAGAGCGCCGUCGAUUCGUCCUUCUUCUGGGGCUACCUGGUGACGCAAGUGCCCGGUGGAUUCCUGGCCUCGAUGUACCCAGCGAACCGCAUCUUCGGCACAGCCAUCGCAUGUUCGUCCUUUCUGAACCUGUUGGUCCCAGGUGCCAUGAUGCUGCAUCCGACGGUAGUCAUUCUGGUGCGUGUUCUGCAAGGUUUGGUUGAGGUUAGUAUCGAGAAGAAGGAUUGUUAGUGAGAAUCACGGAUUUAAUCUUUGUUUGAUCUUCUCCUUCAGGGUGUAACGUACCCCGCCUGUCACGGUAUCUGGCGCUUCUGGGCCCCACCACUGGAGCGUUCCCGGCUGGCCACGAUGGCCUUCAGCGGGUCGUACGCCGGCGUCGUGAUAGGAAUGCCCAUGUCCGGCAUCCUGACCGGGUGGAUCAGCUGGCACGCGCCGUUCUACUUCUACGGCCUCAUGGGGUGCCUGUGGUACUGCUUCUGGCUGUGGCUAUCGUUCGAGAAGCCGCGGCAACACCCCACCAUCACCGUGAAGGAGCUGAAAUACAUCGAAAAGUCCCUCGGGGAGUCGGUCCAGCUGCCGAUGCCGACGAUCGCGACGACGCCGUGUGCGAUGGCCACCUCGAUGCCGGUGUACGCCAUCAUUGUGGCCAACUUUUGCCGCUCGUGGAACUUCUACCUGCUCGUGCUGUACCAAAGUGCAUAUCUUAAGCAUUCGUUUGAUUUCAAAAUUGAAGAGACUGGUAUCCUAGGAGCACUGCCACAUCUGCUGAUGACCAUAAUCGUCCCGUUCGGUGGAAUGCUGGCGGAUUACCUGCGAAGGUCCGGCAUCAUGACAACGACCAACGUGCGGAAGCUGUUCAACUGCGGAGGGUUCGGCCUCGAAGGAACAUUUUUCCAGAUGGGUGCCGUGACGGCCCUCACGCUGGGUGUCGCCUUCAGCGGGUUCGCCAUCUCCGGAUACAACGUGAACCACCUGGAUAUUGCGCCCCGGUACGCCAGUAUCCAUGGCAUUGGAACCAUCGCCGGGCUGAUUUGCCCCAUCGCGAUUGAUCAUCUCACGAGAGGGCAGCCCAAAUCCUGCUGGUCCACGGUGUUCACGAUAGCGGCCUGCGUUCAUCUGGUGGGCAUCACGUUCUACGGCAUCUUCGCGUCCGGCGAGCUGCAACCAUGGGCCGAACCGACGCUGGAGGAGCAAAAGGCGUGGGACCCAGUGGCCAGCGGGUACGAAAAGGAAACCACGUUCAACGACCCGAACGGGACGGCCGGAGCCGGGAUGGGGCCGGGAGCUGGCCCUGACGGAGCCGGCGCUCCCAUGCACGACCCCUCCAAAACGGUGAGCUACGGGGCGGUGACGCACGUGGCCAACAACCCGUUCGCGUACCCCCAGGUGGUGGACGAACCGGUCCAGCCGGAAGCCCGGGACGCUUACUUACACGGCAAUCCGGCUGAGCGCACGUAUUGACCUGCUCGGCUCAAGAAAACCGUAACGUUUAGCUCGAACUACUAACUUAGACUUAGGAGGAGGAAACUCUGGGUGUUUCUUUGUGUACGUUAAGAGAGGUUCAACUGACUUUGCUUCGUUUAUUGUGAUCUUAGGUAGAACGGACACACUUUCGGCAGUGCAGUUUUCUCCCUUUUCCCUGUGUGGAAAAUUAAAACAUGAGAGAGAGAGCAACAAUAACCUAUGGCAGUAUUUGAGGUUAAAUAAAUAUCAUCAAAACUAUACUAAUUUAACUCUAGUGACGAAGAGUACUUAGGAGGAAUCGUGGUAAGGAAGGAAAAUUAACCCUGCUUAAGCAAUUAAAAACUUAGAUAGUACUAACAAAUAAUGAGCAACUGAAAUUGACAGCAAAAUUAUUUUAGGGCGCAGAUCAAAUCAAAUCUAUAAACUAUCUCUUAAUGUUAGCAGCACUCAACGUAUCGAAGUCACAUGAAAUAACUAACAAGUAAUGAAAAACAAACAAAACUGUACAUAAACUUAUGUAAGAAUAGUAGCAAAACAAUAAAAAAAAGCAUUCGUUAAUAACAAGCACCUAAAAAGUUGCUUCACGAAGGGCGGAUUAUAUCAAAAAAGUUAAGAGCAAACAUAACCUAACUGUGUACAUUAACGUCAGUGUGUGCGUGUUCCAAACAAAAAAAAAAGGUUCAAACGCGACUGACCGUGGACUGUAGUCGAUCGUUUCCCCGAAAAGUAUUAGUUGACCAUAA